AUUCUUAUGGAGAAGAUAUUGAUGGACUCACACACUUCAUAACAGAUUAUGUCAAUUUCUGUGUGGAGAAUACCGUACCCACAAGGACUGUCCGGUGUUUCUCCAACAAUAAACCCUGGAUUAAUCCUGAUAUAAAGGCCCUCUUGAAGGAGAAGAAGAGGGCUUUUGGGUCAGGAAACAAAGAGGAGAUGAAAGCUGUGCAGAGAGAGCUGAGGAGAAAGAUCCGAGAUGGCAAGGAGAGCUACAGAAAGAAAAUGGAGGUCCAGCUGCAGGAGAAUAAUGUCAGCGGAGUCUGGAACAGCCUUAAAGCUAUUUCUGGCCACAAGAAGCCCGACUCCCAGGAUUGUGGGGAUUGGAAGUGGGUGAAUGAACUCAAUGUAUUUUUCAAUAGGUUUGAUCACUCUACUGCUCCCCCCACUACUCAGGCAGCAUUGCUGACACCCUCCUGCCUGGCAAGACCAUCACGCUUUCCUCUCCCCUCUCCCAUACUCACCCCCCUUCCUCUCCAUACACAGCUGCCUCCAAACAUCUCCCCUGUAGACAUACGUUCCAGCACAACCACCCCACCCCUCCAGUCC